AAGGCCUGAUCGAUCGCCCUAUGUCAGGGAGAUGACGAUGCUAGGACCGUGAAACAGUCAGGAACCCAACCCAACAGCCUCGCGGGAGCAGAAAGUUGGAUCUACGAUGGAGGCAACAUUGUGGGGGUGAUGGCAUUGGUGCUAUGGGCGUAUGGGCGUUAUGGCUUAUGGGCUUAUGGGUGUGGUUAGGGUGGAGUUCGUGGGAAGAUGGCGCUCCGAAUCGACCGAUACGGUGCGACAAGAUGCGACCACCACGGCUUCUUCUUCUGCUUCUGCUUCUGCUUCUGAUUCUGAUUCUGCUAACUAACAAAUUACUAGGGGAGCGUGAGGGGGAGAGUUGGGGUUUAUUCUUAGCAUGUGUACGCGACCCAUGUAAGAAUACUUCGGCGGUAGACCUACUUGUACAAGUACAUGUACAAGCCUGCCAGCAUACAAGCAAAUGACUAUCAUCGCAAGUAACUACUAAAAGUGUGGCAUGGAUGAUGGGAUGAUGGGGACGGUGCCUCGUAGGUGUAGGGGACAGGGAUGCUUGUGGUGAAUGGAAGAAGGAGAUAGGGGAC